UCAGUCUUGUAGCAACAGGUUGAUAAUCGCAGUUAGUGAUCCAGCGUCUUAUAAGAAGACGCAGAUCAACAAUUCUCGGUCUUUCACUAGUGCAUUAUCAUGCAGAUUAUUAAGCACGUUUCUGCACUACUAACGAUUGCUUAUGUGUAUAUUGAUUCCGGGUAUGCACAAACUAAUAAUUGUGGGUACGGGAAUUUUCAAUGUCGCAAUGGAGAGUGUAUAUCAGGCGAAUUGUUAUGCGAUGGUAAAGUGAACUGUAAGGAUUCGUCCGACGAGACACAGGCCGAAUGUACGAAAUCGGAGAUUUUAUGUCCUACAUAUGCUUUUCGUUGUAAAUACGGUGCGUGUAUAAAUGGAGACAACGUCUGCAAUGGCAUCCAGGACUGCGUCGACAAUAGCGAUGAAACGCAACCUGAGUGCACGAGAAAUAAUCAAACAUCAGCAAGACCUCUAUGCCGAUAUAAUGAAUUUACAUGCACUGAUGGACAAUGCAUCAGUAAGAGUAAUCUGUGCGAUGGAAAUAAAAACUGUAUGGAUGGCUCCGACGAGACGUCAGUACAAUGCGGGUCAUUGAAUUGUCCACCGACAGUUUUCCAAUGCGAUUAUGGAGCUUGCAUCAACGGUGAUCUACGAUGUAACGGAGAAAUUGAUUGCAUCGAUGGAUCAGAUGAGACUCCAAAAUCGUGUGCCGGAGCACCGCCGGUACGACCAACAACACAACCAGUACAGACACCAAGGCCUUCACCUUCUGUUCCAUCAGGCACAAAAACUUGCAAAACUCCACCGCAACCGCAAAACGGUCAUUGGAAGUUGCACCGAUCGCAAUGUUCAAACUCUGAACAGGACUGUGAUAUUUCGGAAGGAAUGAACUUAGGACCAGGCUCUCAUUUAAUUUACUCCUGCAAUUCGGGAUAUGAGAUAAAAGGUUCUAAGGAUGUAAGCUGCAGUAUUGAAGGAAAAUGGCUUAAUAUACCACGUUGUAAAGAAAUACGCUGUGAACCUUUAAGUACAGCAUCAAUUAAUGCCGAAUGUACAUACAACAAUGAGUGGGUGUCUUGUGACUCUCCAGUUUUACCUGGAACAAGUGCCAAAUUGUCCUGCCGAGACAGUUAUCAAUAUGAAAGCAGUACACUUUCAAUACGAAACAAUUUGGUGAAAUGUAAUGAGAAUGGUCAAUGGGUACCAAAGCCUAUACGAUGUGUUCCAGUUUGCGGUAUACCGCCCCCCAAUGUUACACCGCUCAUUGUAAACGGUCUUCCAGCCUAUAAUAUUACGGAAUUUCCAUGGCAUGCCACAUUGUACCUCGAUGUACAAGGCAAGUCAAAGGAAUUCUUUUGUGGAGCAUCAAUCAUUCAAGAGAAUCUCUUGAUAACAGCAGCUCAUUGCAUAUAUGAGGAAAAUAGUAGACAAGUGAUUAAUCCCAAGAAGAUUUACGUAGCAACGGGAAACACUUUCCGUGAUUAUGAAUCUAGUUAUCACAAUCCACAAUAUGUUAAAAAAAAUCAGGUGAAACAUAUUUACAUUGUAUGUAAUUAUCUAGGCCUUGCAGGAAAUUAUAUCAGGGAUAUCGCAAUAUUAGAACUCAUGCAACCAUUUGUAUUGUCAUCUACGUUAGCUCCUGUGUGUAUAGAUCUUUCCAGCGAUAAAGCUGUGUUGGAAGCAGGUGCGACUGGAAAAGUUUGGGGAUUUGGUAGAACUGCAACUGGUGAAUCCAGUGCAUUCUUACAGGCUUUGACAGUACCGUAUGUUCCAUUCAGUCAAUGCAAGUCUGCAAGUCAAGAUGCCAAUACACAACCAUUUCUUACUCUUGAUAAGUUUUGCGGAGGCUAUACCAAUGGUUCUGCCGUUUGUGAUGGUGAUAGUGGUGGAGGAUUAGUUUUUAAAACUAAUAAUCUGUGGUAUCUCAGAGGUAUUGUUAGCGUUUCCCUUGGCACGAUAUCAGAAGGUGGAACUGGUCAUUGUAACAAUAAUUUAUAUACCUUAUAUACACAAGUAUCUUAUUAUAUUGAGUGGAUACAAAAUGUAAUUGCUAAUAUAAAAGAUAAUCAGCCAUAUACUUUAUGCACAACGAAGACUUGAAUAUUGUAUACUUUUUCAAAUUUAUUAAUGGAACUAUUGAGAUUAUUAUAGAGAAUUUAAAGAAUCUUAAUUUUAUGCCAUAUAAUACUAUAUCAUUGAUAAGUAUGUCUGCUUUAAGUGAUACUUAAUGUAAUUAUGUAAGUAUGUCUGCUUUAAGUGAUACUUAAUGUAAUUAUGUAAAGAGAGAAGUUGCA